AUGGCCGCAAUAGGCAUUAACGACAGCCCAUCGGUACUCAAUCAUGCCAACCACCGCGAUUCCAGUCAAUAUGGACAUCAUCCCAUCUUACCAUCAAAUCUUCGCCUUGGACAAGAUCCACGAAAACAGGGCAAAAACGUGUUGGCAAGCAGUGCUGCCAAAGACAUUGACCUGAACAGAGCCAAUUUAUACGAUACUAUCCCUAAUACAUCCGAGGCACUAGCCUGCGCAAUGGCAAAUCUCUCCGGAAUGGUUGCGUAUUGUGCCCUUGAGCAUGCAUGUGUACGAGAGCUAAUCCCCGUCAUGCAAGAUCCGGCUUAUGACCAGCAAGCAUAUUACUCCGAGCAAUGGAUGCAUCGUACACCACCGAAAGCAACCGAAGAUGAUUUAUACGACCAAGGAAAUCCUGGGCUGUUGGGAUCAGCCCGUCCGUUCCAAUGCCAAAGAAGGAACAAUGGCCGGAUGAGAAGGAAAUCUCCCUCUGUAUCCGAAGGAGAUAUCGCCCAUGAGCGAUAG